CUGAACUAAAAUUAUAAAUGGUAAAAAUUCACCAAAGAACUAAUUUAGCCAUUGAAGAAGAAAUCAGAGAGACAAGAAAGGGCUAAAAAUAGGGGAAAGACCAGAAAAUCUGAGAAGCAAAAAUUAGCCAAUAGCUCUAAAACGUCUCGUAAGGACAAGAACAAGGGUGAUGGCUCUAACAGUAUGAGGAAGGACCUUUUUCAAAACAAUAGAGAAGAAACCAAAAAGUACCCUAAAGUUGAUACUCCUGAAGAACAACAGGAAGACACUAGAGUUGAAGAAGAGAAAAAUAAUCCUUCUCUAAAAGAGCAUGGCAAAGUGAAACUCAGACUUAACAAAUCUAGAGGCUGCCAAAGAAAUCAGAAGAAGAGAGCAAUCAAAAAGACUAUUUGAAACCCGUCUGGGCACAAUCAGGAUAUGGCUAUAGAAUACGACAAUAAGAAAUAAGAGGCUCCAGAAGUACGCCAUUAAGUUCGACCAUAAAGAAGAAGCACCUGAUCUGGACAAAGUCAAUAAAGCUGUAAAGGCUAACUCAAAAGGCUUUAAGAAAGCGAAUAUCUUGAAGAUUGGUACCACCAGUGAAGUAAUUCAGAAAGGAGAGAAGGAUGUACUUCAAAAUUCACCAGCAAAACAUGUUUCUUUUGAAUCAGAUAUCCAGAACAGUCCUAAAAACUCUCAUGUGAUUAUAGAAGGGAGUGACUUACAAACUUCGUUUAUGCAGGUCUCACAUGAUCCAGGUAUCGCCCAGAACAUCAAUCAGUAUUUGAAAGAGCUCCAGGAAGUCAAAGCCAUUGGAGAAACAAACCAGAUGAUACUCAAGAAGCUGAUAGAGAAUGAGCAAGCCAAAAGUGAAAUGAAAUUCAAGAAGUUCAUAGCAGAGUUUGAAUAUUUUAAGGCAACUUUGACCAGCAAUGAGGAAAAGAAAACUAUGGAUGAUAUUAAAAAAGAGAUGAACGAUAUGUCUUCAACAGGAAGAGUGAAAGAGCGUUUCGUUGAAGCCGAGCAUCAGCUUGACACUGAUCCUCCAGCCCAAGCCAUUAUAAAGCAAGAUGAAGAUUAAUUCCAAACUUUUAUCCCAAUCUUGUCCAAUUUAUAAGUGAAAUAUGAUAUAACCCCCAAAACAUCAAAUAUUCAAUUUUUACU